AUGAGGCUGCGGGGACGCGGUCCCCGGGCCGCCCCCGCCUCCGGCGCAGGGGCCGGCGACGCGCCGCGGCUGGCGCCCCCGGGGCGGAACCCCUUCGUGCACGAGCUGCGCCUCAGCGCCCUGCAGAAGGCCCAGGUGGCCUUCAUGACGCUGACACUGUUCCCCAUCCGGCUCCUGUUUGCCGCCUUCAUGAUGCUGCUCGCCUGGCCCUUCGCACUAGUCGCCUCGCUGGGACCUGCCGACAAGGAACCUGAGCAGCCCCUGGCCUUGUGGCGGAAGGUGGUGGACUUUCUGCUCAAGGCCAUCAUGCGCACCAUGUGGUUUGUUGGCGGCUUCCACCGCGUGGCCGUGAAGGGGCGGCAGGCACUGCCCACGGAGGCGGCCAUCCUCACGCUGGCACCGCAUUCCUCCUACUUUGACGCCAUCCCUGUCACCAUGACAAUGUCCUCCAUCGUGAUGAAGGCGGAGAGCAGAGACAUCCCAAUAUGGGGAACUCUGAUCAAGUACAUCCGGCCGGUGUUUGUGUCCCGCUCAGACCAGGAUUCCCGCAGGAAGACCGUGGAGGAAAUCAGGAGACGGGCGCAGUCCAACGGAAGGUGGCCGCAGAUCAUGAUUUUUCCAGAAGGAACUUGUACAAAUAGGACCUGCCUAAUUACCUUCAAACCUGGUGCAUUUAUCCCUGGAGUUCCUGUCCAGCCUGUGGUUUUACGAUAUCCAAAUAAACUGGACACCAUCACAUGGACAUGGCAAGGACCCGGAGCGUUGGAAAUCCUGUGGCUCACGCUGUGUCAGUUUAACAAUCAAGUGGAGAUUGAGUUCCUGCCUGUGUACAGCCCGUCCGAGGAGGAGAAGAGGAACCCCGCGCUGUACGCCAGCAACGUGCGGUGUGUCAUGGCAGAGGCCUUGGGCGUCUCCGUGACUGACUACACAUUUGAAGACUGCCAGCUCGCCCUGGCGGAGGGACAGCUCCGCCUCCCUGCCGACACUUGCCUUUUGGAAUUUGCCCGGCUUGUGCGGGGCCUCGGGCUGAAACCGGAAAAUCUUGAAAAAGAUCUGGACAAAUAUUCAGAAAGUGCUAAGGUGAAGAGGGGAGAAAAGAUUGGUCUUUCAGAGUUUGCAGCGUACCUGGAGGUCCCCGUCUCUAGCGUGCUAGAAGACAUGUUUUCACUGUUCGAUGAGGGCGGGGGCGGCGAGAUGGACCUGCGGGAGUACGUGGUCGCCUUGUCCGUCGUCUGCAGGCCGUCCCAGACCCUGGACACCAUACAGCUGGCGUUCAAGAUGUACGGGUCGCAGGAGGACAGCAGCAUAGACGAGGCCGACCUGUCCUGCAUCCUCAGGACAGCCUUGGGGGUGGCGGAGCUUCCUGUGGCCGACCUCUUCCAGGCCAUCGACGGGGAGGAGAAGGGAAGGAUCACAUUUGCUGACUUCGACAGGUUUGCAGAAAUGUACCCCGACUUUGCGGAGGAAUACCUGUAUCCCGAUCUGACGUGUCCCCAACACCGUGCACAGACCCCAGCGGCGCCCACCCCGAACGGCUUCUGUACUGACUUCAGCCCUGAAAACUCGGACGCUGGGAGGAAGCCUUUGUGUAAGAAACUGGACUAGGAUGGAAGGUUCCAGAGACAAGGCCUGUCCCCGCUGUCAGCACCACCUCCACGCGGCCAUGCGCCCUGUUGGCGAGUGACAUCUGGGUUUCCCUCCCCCACUCAGCUGGACAGCCACCAUCUUCAGGCCUGAGUCCCAGAAGACCUGGGGGGUUCGUUUUUAUUUUGUUUCUCUGUGAAGUGUCUCGAUUCCAGAGCCCGGCGUGCCUAAUGCUGGGUGCUGAGUGCUCGGAGGGAAGCUGCCUGCCAGUCCCGGGCGGGUCUCCCUUUGGGUCAGGUCCCCACAGGGCGAGUGGGCACCAGGUGUUGCAGUGUCCUGGUUUGAGUUUCCAUCGCGAUCUCUUCUAACGUCCCUUUUUCAUCAGCUGGUGGCAGCGGGCACAGGCGGGGCCUCACAUGCACACUCCACACACUUGAAGCACGGAACGUGCCGCCUGCGUUUGAUUCCAGCACAAAGUCUCUGCCCACCCCUGUGGGUUCACCACUUGGCAGAGCCGCUGUCUGAUUUUUAAACAUUUCUAUAUUUGUGCAGGAGCUCAUGAGUAUUUUAUAAACUUCAUUUAGGUACUUCAGGAAGCAUUCAGCAUUUUUUUUAAAAAAGAAAAUUGUUUUUCUACUUCAUUUUUUCCUUUUAGGGUCAACAAAUAUUUAUUUAUAGGCCCUUUUUUGAUAGAAUCUGAGGCUGUUUGGGGCUUUGACUUAAAUUUCCAGCAGGCCUCUCUCUACCAGGUAAAUUCCUCACCUCCUGUCUGGGCCCAUAGGGGGAGGUUUGACCACAAGGGCUCAGCCCCAGAAUGCGUUUUCUGCUUUCCUUAAUCCUUUCAAAUCCCCUCUUUUUUAUAAACAUUACCAGUUUGGUAUUUCUGUUUCAUUUCAACAUAAUCGACUUUGUGUAGCUUAAACUCCAAUCAAAGCAACGAGUAUUGGUAAAAUCGGUGAGGCAGAAGGUAGGACUGGAGUGGGCAGCCUGCCUGGGUAUGCGGAUCGCCGGGCUCGGCGCCCCCAUCCACGGGCCGGGUGCCUGUGGGAAGCGGCCGCUGCUCCUCUGUGCUCCGGUUUCUACGGCACCUUAGGGUAAAGCGGCCACCCCUCUGUGGGUGGCCAAAGUCUUUCACUGUGGAGGACGCGAGGUGGAGCGCGGCGUGGGGCUGCGAGGGUGUCUGGCGACGGCCGCGUGGCACAGCUCGUCCCCAGCGGCGCUGCCUCCUGACCUCGCGGCCGAGCAGCGCAUCUCACCGGGCCGUGCGGUUCAGCCCCUCUUGGGCCCAGGGAUGACUGGAGCAGGACUGGCCAAAGGGGAUGUUUGGGUAUCACCUUUGGUCUCUGUGACAUCCCCGUGUUUCAUCCUUCUAUCUUAUGACAAUUAGAAAUCUGUCCUUAAAGCACAAUAACAACCAUAGACUUUAGUUUGUUUCCUAAAGAAAAGCUGCUGGGUUUGUUUGGGGAAAAAAGAGUUUUUUUUAAUUUCGAAGAUAAGUGUGAUUUUAUAUUUGGGGCAUCUCUGUAGAGGCCAGUAAGUACGGGAAAAAAUGUUUACGAACCCCCUCAAAGAGACCGGUGAUGUGCGUUUCUCCACCCGCAGACGUUAAGAGAAGAAAACACCCCAGCCUUGCCUCGGUUUCAGUCACCUCGACAUGUCCCUAGCGUGUACACUGCCAGCCAGGACAGAGACAGGGGAUGCCAGCAGCUGAAGUCAGUCGGGCUCUGGGCUUAUUGGACACAGAAGAAAUCUGAAUGUAGCCUUGGUAGCAGACAGCGGUCGACUUUAUAGUUACAGAAUGCGUAAAGAUUCAUUCUUUAAAGAGAAAAGCCUCAAGUGCCCGAUGAAGGAGGUUAGUAAACUGAGAUAUUCUGAGGCAGGGACUCAGGAGCGUGGCCUCCCUCCCUGCAGGUCUGCAGAUGAAGGGUUUUUUGAAUGGAACGCCACUGUGCGUUUUCAGAAAAAAAAUCUCUGAUAAACAGACUUGGAAUGGAUGUUUCUCCUCCUGAUUGUCUUCCCUUGUGCAGGACUGAGUCCGCGGGCAUUCAGACCUGAGUGUAUGUGGCGUCGGAGCCAAGUCCCUCUUGUGGGAGAUGCGGCGCCGGCCCUCGCCGCUCUGUAAAGA